GGAGUCCGAAUCUUUUUCAAGAGGACGAAGUCGAAGAUGGCGUGACUCUUAUGAUGAGGAGAAAGAUCACGACGUACAUCUACGUCUACACGUGUUAGUACCAGAGUCACAAGCAGCAGUGAGCUCUACUUUCUGAUCAAAAUAAGCGAUGAAGGGACUCCUGCUUCUCUCGGUUCUGGCGUGGGUGCUGCCAUCGCUCGCUAUUGGGUUUCGCUUUGGUUCCACAUCCACAGACGAACCAUUCGACACUCGGAAUUCAUGCUGGCGAUACUACGAUAAAACACACGAAGUGUGUGUGGAGCAUCCAGGGGACCUGUGUCGGCAGCAUUUUUGUGGACCCAUAUUUCGUGCGACAGGUAUUGACCUUGGACUCCUUUUUUUUCUGCACAACCUGGUCUUGAACAUAAUGGCCCGACCAUGAUCUCCAUCAACCUCCACAUUUCUAAUCAUCUAUUAUCUCGAUCUCCUAAAAUCUUCUGCAUGAUCUACAUUACAGAAGUUUUUACGACUAAAGAUCUCAUCAACAACUAAAUCACGACAUCAAACCCUCUGAUCUUACAGCUGCAAACUGCGGUGGCAAAGAUGACAGUGAUUGGGGCCGCGAGUGGGCCAGUCUGCAGGCACGGAUGAAAGUCGUAUGCGGAAACGAGGAUCCAAGGCACGCUGGGAAAGAUAUCGAGGCAUCUACGGACGAGAAAUACCAGGAUUCUCAUAUGCUGGAUAAGCCGUUUGCACCGUGCGAAGGCAGCUAAGAAGAAAUGGUGAACCGGAUGAAUUUGAAUACUGUAUUUUGUGCACUGACCGCGAGAUCAAACAAGCUUACCAACACAGACAGGAAUACUCUAAAUUUCGUCGUGCAAAGAGGACAAGAAUACAUUCACAAACAUUAUAGACGAAGAUGUCGAGAAGUAAAUGAUCUUUCUUUUUUCCAAUUUUUCACGCAACAUGAAGUUCAAGUUGUAGUACACCAUAAAAAGUACACAUCAUAUGUAUAGGACAUGCAGCACCACAUGGAUCACUAUGCGUGAUGCUUAGCAUGCACGCUUGAAGAUUUUCGUGAAACUGAAUUUUGAGUAGAAUGACAACAUCCUCUGUGGAACUAGAGUCAGCGCUCAGGUCCACUAUAAAAAAAAAGCCAAAGCUAGUACUAGCGGAAACUACCAUGAGCGAAAGCAG